AUGUUCGCGAUUCUCCGGGGCAGACGACUAAGGUUCCUACCGGAGCUCUCCAUUUUGGCCGCCCGUCAAUUGUGGACUUCUGAAAAUGCCUUCUUUUUCAGGGCGUUCACCUCCGGGAAACCACCGCCAAGUGUUCGCGAAAAUGACCCUGAGCAAUCGUUCGCCUUCUCCUACCUCGUCAGCUCAUGCGGAUUGGCUCCAGACGUCGCCGCCCGCGCCUCCAGUAAACUCCAUCUUAAAUCGCCUGAAAAUCCUGACGCCGUCUUGAAUCUCCUCAGAGAGUACGGAUUCACGGCCGCUGACAUCUCUGUGAUGGUCACCCGCUGGCCAAACGUUCUCUGUUCCUGCCCAGACAAAACCCUUUUGCCCAAGCUCGAAUUUUUCACCUCCAUUGGCGUCCUCCCCAUACUGGCCGGGAAGCUGUCCCGAAUCCCUAACGCCUUAUGGUACAGCCUGAAGAACUCAAUCAUUCCCUCAUAUGCUUUACUGAAAAACCUGCUCGGGUCGGAUAAGCUGGUAGUGCAAGUCUUUAAACGGGAUCCCCUGAUCUUCGGCUGGUGUAUAGCCGGCAACUUCUCCUCCAACCUCUCAAUUCUUGCAGCCUGUGGGGUCCCCUCAUCGUCUCUCAUCUCGCUGGUCACGACCCAGCCACGCAUGCUUAGGGUUUCUCCAGAGAAGCUAUCCUCGCAGGUGGAUCGAGCAAUAGAAAUGGGGUUUCUCGUGUCCAAAGAUGCAUUUUUGAAGGCCAUUCGGGUUUUGGUGGGUUUUGAGGAGUCGACCCUUAAGCGCAAGAUGGAGGUUUAUAGGCAGUGCGGCUGGUCUGAAUCAGACAUCAGAACGGCCUUUCUGAGUCAGGCGCUCUGUAUGGGCUUGUCUGAGAAGAAGAUAUUGAAGAGUAUGGCUUUUCUCGUUGAUAAAUUCGGGUGUGCACCAGGUGACGUGCCUCGGUGCCCUAUGCUUCUUGGGUACAGCGUUGAAAAGAGAAUGAAGCCAAGGUGGGCAGUUGCUACGGUUUUGAGUGAGAAGGGGCUGAAGAAUGCUUCUGUCACGUCCUUGCUGACAGUGUCCGAGAAGAUUUUCUUGAAGACCUAUGUCGAGAAGUACAAGAAGCAUAUUCCCGAACUUUUGGACAUUUAUCGAGAUUCAUCCGAAGGCCAGACUCAAUCUGGUUGUGGGGUCCCCAACAGUCAACCCAACCCGGCGCAGACAAAAAAAAAAGUUGAAAAUCCAGUCACGUCUUCCGGCCUGGACACGACGGGUGAAAACAAAUUAAGACCCGAAACCGACUCGUUUGUAGCGCAGGGCUGGUUCAAUAGCCCGUACAUACGGACAUGUUCCGGGCCGACGCUAACAAUGUCUUACUAUUAG